CCCCUUUAGGGGAAAAUGGGCCGCUGGCGCAGGCGCAGGCGCAGGAAGAGCUGGCUGGACUGAGGAGGAAGUGAGGCUAGCGUUUGGGGUUUUGAGCCGUCUGCGAGGCUGGCAGGAGCUGGGCAGUUGCUUUUCGAAAGGAGGCUGUUGGGAAGAAGGGUCACCUGCGGCCUUCAGUUCUCCAGCCGCCUGUACACUACUUGUUUAUUUGGAAGUUUGGUUUUCCCUGCCUAUAGCCAACCAUGAGCCCAGCUGAUGCCAAGCGCUGUGGGACCAAGCGUCGGAAAAAUAAAAAAGGAGGUGGCCUUAGCCCAUCAAACCUAGCUGGAGUCUUUGAGGUCAAAUCUAUAGGACCAUCUUCCAAUAUUGCCCCUUCCUGCUCCUCUUGCUCCUCCUCAACCCCAUCUACUUCUACCGUAGCCUUCCUGCAGUCUCCCAGUACCAACACAGCUUCUUCUAGCACUGAAAAUGGGCUUCUGGCAGUAGCUGCCACAGCUCCCAACUUGAUUCCUAGUGAAAGAAUAAAGAAGGCCGAGUUUCAGAAAAAGCGCUGUGGAGGAACAAUUAAUUCUAGACAAACUUGUAAAAGAAACACAGUUAGUAACACAGGUCCUGAAACAACUUCCCAAGAACCAAUUGACGUUGAAGUUAACACAUGUGAAGAAGUAGUUGACCUGACUUGUGAAUCUUCAGAACCAGUAGUAGUUGAUCUGACACACAAUGAUUCGGUUGUGAUCGUUGAAGAAAAUGUUUGUCAACCACAAAAUCAAGAAUUUAGAAAUCAGCUCCCUGACAGCUGUAUAUUAAGCAGUGAUGAUGAUGAACCAAGAGAUGAAGUGAUUUUAACUAGUACACUAACUAAAGAAUUGGAAUUAUUAGAAGAUGAUAUUCCAAGUUCACACCGUUCAGGUACUGUGAGUUGCCCAAUUUGCAUGGAUGGUUAUUCAGAGAUUAUUCGGAGUGGACGGCUCAUUGUAUCAACGAAAUGUGGUCAUGUCUUCUGUAGCCAGUGUCUCCGGGAUUCUCUAAGAAAUUCUAAUUCUUGUCCAACUUGUAGGAAGAAACUUGGUUACAAACAGUAUCAUCCAAUUUAUAUAUGAAACUUAGAUCCUUCUAUAAAGAAUCUAAACUGUACUCUUCUGAAUGCUUCAUAUAUCUAUAUUUUCAGCAACAAUAGAAUACUAUUUCCCAGAUGCAACAGUUAAUGUGCAGACCAUUAUGGACUUUUAUUAGCUUUUUUAAAAAAGGUUAAUUGUAUGAAGUAUAGUCCACCAAAGUAUGUAGAUGUUUGAAGGACAGUUAGCUACAAUGAAAGCAAAAUGGUAUUGCUAUGCUCUUUUUGAAAAAUGACACCUCUUCAAGUUAACAUUUUUUUACUUCAAGUGACAGGAUGAAAAUCUGUUUAAUUUGCCGAAGAUACAAGUCAUGCUUAUGAUAUUGUAGGUCUACAGCCUACAUUUUUCUUUCUGCAUUUCAUUCUCAAAAAAAUUGAACCCAUGUUUGUUUCCUGAUUAAAUUCUACCUUUUGCGUGAACUUCUUCAUUUCCAAGGUGACUAUAUUUUGUAGCCAAGGUGCACCACAUUUCUAACAUUAAAUGUUUACAUUUUUAUUUGGAGGCAAGUACUGGAAGACAGUAGUAAGACCAUAACUAGAAAAUCUUUGACUCUAAGGUAUAAUCAUAAAGAAAGAUUUCCUCCAUGCACCUAACUUAACAGAAGAAUAAAUUGAAACCUACUUCAUCACCAUCACAGAACAAGGCAAAAAGAAAUGUGAGUUCUGGCGUAAGAAGCUUAUAGUUCAAAUAUUUGACAGAGUGAAGAUAAUGAAUGCUGUCUUUCAGUAAAUACAUUUUCAUAUUGUAUUGAAGUCCUAAUGGUUCUUUCAAUUCUCUUCAUAUAGUCAUAAAGUGCAGACAACAUUUUUAAUCCCUAUACUGUCAUUAUUGAACUAAAUAUGUGCAUUUUGAAAAUACUAAGCCUUUAUUAACCUGGUUCCCAUUAACAAAUAAUUAGAAUGAUAUAGCAUGAAAAAUGCAACAGUAAGUUAUUAAGAAUUUUAGUUUGGAGUUUCAUAUUUUUGCUGUAUGCUACACUGAUGAAAAUAGUAGAACAUAUAGUUUCUGCAUAGGUAGAAGGAAGUGAGCCAUGCAGUUUGGAUAGAUUACUAUAUUACUGAUGUUUGCUUAUUGUAUAAUGAAGGGUUUCUUAGCAGCUACCUUCUAAAUGAAAGUUAUAUUUACAAAUUAUUACAAAUAAACAGCAUAGAAACAAUCUAUCUCAGUAUUAGGAAUUUCAAUAUACAAUUGAAUAUUUUUCCAUUUUUAAAUGUUAAAAAUGAUAUGGAUUUCCCUAUCUGUUUAUAUUAGGGCAGUAAAAAUUAGAGACGUGUAUAAAUCAGAAAGAAUAUUUUGUUUCCAACACAGAAUUAAACCAUUUCAUUUUGGAGGUUGCGGCAAACUUUCUUAGGUCCUUCAUAGUUCAGCUUUAGCUUUAUUUAUUCUAGGUUUUGGAUUAAUCCUGAAUAGGGUAAGAUUAGUACAUAUCGCCCCUUUCUCUGUUUCUACACUGCAGCUCCCAGUAAAGAAUAAAUAAAAGUCUGUAUUUUCCCCCCUCUCAGCAGCUUUAUUGAUAUUGAUAGAAUGACAUGCUCUAAUGUUCUGUUUCCCCCUUCCCUCCUUCCUUUCAGUCACCACUGCUGAUGAUCCAGCAAACGUUGCUGACCUGUGCCCUAAACUUCCUGGCACCUUCUUUCACUAUUUUCUCUCAGCUACUGAUAUUCAAUCCUGAAAUCACUUCUGCUUGAAAUGGAGUAGCUCCAUUUCUUUGGUAUACAGCAAAUAAAAUGUGUGUCUCAGUUUAGAGACACAUAUUUUGGACCAACCAUUUCAGAAUGAUUUACAUAAAAUAUGAAACCUUAUUGGGAAUUUCCUUUGGGAGUUAAGAGGCCUGCUUAUCCACGAGCAAUUCCCACAUGCUUAGAGGUUGCUAUAUAAUCAACUGAAUCCAUGUAAUUGGCUCAUAUUAGAUGCAAUAAGAGCUAUUUGCUGAAACUUAAUAUAAAAAUAAGUUUUUAUAUUAGUCGGAUCCAGUUUUACUUGUAAAAAAUUUCACUAUCCUAGGAGCACUUUUUAAAGUUUCCUUUAUUUCAGCUCACAUAUUGGUGAAUCUAGAAUGCUAAUUAAAAAUCUAGACCCUUUAAGAAAGCUAGGUUGAAUUCUACCCAUUGCUUUUAAACAGCAGGUUCCUUUUGAUUAAAUAUGUUACAAUCAGAAUUCAAACCAAUUAAU